AUUAAUCUGUGAGACAAAUGACACCAUAGACACAGAUCAGUGAAUGACACAUUUUCUCGCUCAAACACACAAUUUAUUAUUUCCUUUUUGUGAGAGUGAUACGUAAAAUAAAAUUAUUUACAAUGGUGGAUCGUUUAGUGAAUAGUGAGGCUAAUGCAAGAAGAAUUGCCAUGGUGGAGAACUGCUUCGGCAGUUCAGGCCAGCCGCUGGCCGAGCAAGGCAGGGUGCUGGUUGGAGAAGGAGUCUUGACCAAAAUGUGCCGAAAGAAGCCCAAAGCACGCCAAUUCUUCCUCUUCAAUGACAUACUAGUGUACGGCAACAUAGUUAUAAACAAGAAGAAAUAUAACAAACAGCAUGUUAUCCCCCUCGAGGAAGUCAAGCUAGAAUCAUUAAAAGAUGAAGGACAACACCGCAAUGGCUGGUUGAUCCGCACAGCAUCUAAAUCAUUUGCAGUGUAUGCAGCCACUGCCACAGAAAAAGAAGAGUGGAUGGCACACAUUGAAAAAUGUAUAGAGGAUUUACUUAGAAAGAGCGGCAAGCAGCCCCCGUCGGAGCACGCGGCGGUGUGGGUGCCGGACAACGAGGCCACCGUCUGCAUGCACUGCAAGAAGACACAGUUCACCGUGCUCAACAGGAGGCACCACUGUCGCAAGUGCGGCUCGGUAGUCUGCGGCGGCUGUUCGUCGAAGCGCUGGCUCCUCCGCGGCCAGAGCUCCAAGCCGCUGCGGGUGUGCCUGCAGUGCUACGACGAGCUCACCCGCGAGCGCAGCCGCGACGCCGACCCGGCCGCGCCCCCAGUGAAGGCGGCGGAGGGCGCGGGCUCGGGCGGCGACUCGUCGGGCGACGACGACAGCGACGACGACGACGACCGCGUCGCGCAGGAGAAACACGAUGAGGGCUUUACAAGCUAUAAUGGUGUGAGAAAUGGAUUUGGAAAUAAAGUCACAACCGUAUAGUACAAAUUACAAAAUGUCCAAAGUUCUACAGUGACGGUGAUAAGACUGAAGAGUCCAACAAUCAUGCGGCGAAGGAGGCCGGCGGCAAGUGAGGCCACGAGCGAGUAACAACAUCUUCAUAACGACCUGUUGCGUGAAAGCAGGAUGACGAAACAAAGGUAUUGAAUUUCGACAAGUGUUCAUCCGUACAUAAAUACUAAUAUUGUAGAUGCGAAACUUUAUUCGUUUGACUAUGUCCCAUGCAGAUCAGAAUUAAAUUUUACUUUUUAUCCUGUACUUCUCACGGGUAAACCUGCAAAUAUAUCAGGGUAAAACUUGUCAAUUGAUAUUUUUUUGUCAUCUGCUUUUAUACAACAGAUCCUAUGUUAGUUCUGGCAGAUUGUCUACGGUUUCCCAUAUCAAUACAUGAUAAAAUUUUCAUUAUUUGUUAAUGGUAAAAUUCCAUUCCAUUUUUGACGAAAGUUCUAUUCUGAAAAUCUUCACGAAGUUUUUUAUAACUGAUAAUGGUUUUUUUUCAAACCGAAGUACUGCCUUUAUACAAAUGGACGAUUUUCAAAAUAAAUCUUACCUUUAAGGCAUUGGGAAAUAACUGAAUCAUUGAAAAUACUAUUUUUACCAAACCAGUAAAAUAUGUAUGUAGAUAACGAAGACACUACCACGAUUGCCUUACGUUUUAUAAAGUAACUUGUAAUUAGGAACAAUAUUUCAAUUUAAAAGCUUUUAAAAUUAUAUUUCUUACAAAAUUAGGUUCAUAGUUUUAAAUUGGUAUUAAUUUGGUUAAGUUACUUAAAUAACGCCUAAUAUUUAAAGCCUUUUUGAAACGUCUGAAGCGGUUUUAGUAUUUUAAUACAGCUCAAUCGUAAAAUACAAAAUAAAGUGAUUUUUCUUAACUUAAUUAAUCGCAUAGGGUUGUAAAUAUCAUGAGACGUGUCAAAAUAUAGAUUGAGUGCCUGUUUCACAAUGUCUGGUUACAGAGUGCCGACGCAUCAUAUAAAGUAUUCUUGAGAUCUAACUUCUGUCAAGUUGCCCCUCAAAGAUGAUCAGAAGAUCGUGUAUGUAUACAAUAACGAACAUGGCCUUUCGUAGUACUAUGAUUAGUAACUUGAAUGUCGACGUUGUGGUCAUCAUAAUAUAUAACCACAAAUAAACUAUCAGGGCUUAUAUAAGUAUACAUUGUGAAACAGAACCUUAGUGCAGUUAUUUUUAGAUCGAACUGAGUGUGAAACUUUUUAUGAAUUCUAUUUAUUGAAGGCCUACUAACAAAUGGAUACCUAAAAACGGUACUAACUUUUAAAUAUUAACCUUAGUUUUAUAAUCGUAAAUUUUACGUCAACAUAAUAUUUAAUAUUUACAUGAGUUUAUUAUAAACUGUCAUAGUUUAUAUUUUGCUAUUUUAAUUGUUAAACUCUGGUGAUUAGUUUACGGGUGACAUUUCAGAGUUGGUUUGUAAACUAUCACCGGUUGUAUGUAUAUUAGUUCCGUAGGUUAUAGGAAGGUGCAUUGUGUAGCAUGUAAAAGUUAAAAAUAUAUUUUAUAUUACGGGCUAGCUUAUUUCCAAAUAUGUUAAAAGUAUUAAUUAACUGGAAUGCAUCUUAUUUGCUUGGUUAUUUAACGGCGCUUUAUUUCAACAUACAAUCUGUACUUCUUCUUUUUCCCUGGAUAUUUUGUCUCUACUCCAUGAUUGGCAUCAAAAUGUCUGCAUAAAUAUGCUACAUUUACAGCCCUUUCAGUAAAGUUGGCAUAAAGUUUAGAGCUUUGUAUCAUCAUUAUAAAACUUGGAAUAACUUAUUCCAUAUCCACAUCUAUUGCUUUUUGAUUCAAUUCGGCUGCUGCUGUGCCAAUCAUGACAAAAUGGUAAUAUAUUAAUUCGUGUUAUCUGAUGGAUUUCCUUAUUAUGUCAUUUUUCCUUUCUAAUGGUUUAAACCAGCAAUGGUUUAGCAGUUACUAUAGCUAAAAUAACGAUAAGCCUAAAUGUUAACAAGUUACAAUGAUUAGCGUUUCUGUUAUAUUUCCAAAAUAUUGCUAGGCAAAUUAAUUAGGUUUAAGAUAUUGUUUAAUUUCAGUUGACAAAUAUACAAUAAUAUUUUUAAA